CAAAGGGUGCACCAAGAACAGAAAGAGCGAGAACGAAAGAGAGGGGGGGGGGGGGGUGACAGAAGAAAGAAAGAGAGACAAAGAAGAAGCAGCAAAGUUUCAGCCAAUGACAGAGGACAUGUUUUCCGCGGUGUUGUGAGUAGAUGUGUCUGUUCUGUUGACCCUGACAUUGUGGGAGUGCUCUGCCUCUGAGAUGUGAGCAUGAAUAUUGAUCUGACACAGGAGAAAGAGUCUAAAAAUGGGCUAUUUCUGGAGGAAAUGCUAAGAUUGAAGUGCAUUUUUAGAGAUGCUAUAAUUGUGCGGGCUAGCCAUCGUUGGGUCAUGUAAUGCUAUUGGAUUAUUUUAUGGAUCAAAGAUGGAUGCUGUUUGAAGAGGCUAAGAUGUCUGCUUAUCCAAAGAAGCUGGGACCUCACACAAAUCACCGUAAGGACAUUAAAUACCAGCAGAGACACUCAAACACUUGAGUCUGGAUGAUAACUGCUCCUAUUUUUGCUCUUAAACACAUUCAAUAGACCAUUAUUAUUUAUCGUCACGCCUCCUUACAUGGAGACAGACUGACAUUUAAGGUUGAUUCACAUCACUUCACAACAGAGGAAAGAUGGCGGCAGCAGGUUCUGGAGCUUCCCUGAGCCCCAAAUCUAGCUCCCAGACUCCUACCAGUGGAGACAGGCGGCUGCUGGACAAGACCCUAAAAAGACUUCAUAAACUGGGCGAACUAUGCACUAACCCCCGGCUGGGCCUGAGGAACAGUCCACCAUACCUGCCAGAGCUGGUCUCUGAGACGACAACACUGCUGACUCAGGUCUGGGAGCCCUACAGAGGCCCCAGGGGGCCGGGGGGCCAGGCACCCCGAGGGGACGAGGCCAAAUACCUGAGGGUCCACAUCCGAAACCUGCUGGAUAAGACGGACCGGGCGCUGCUGCUGUUCAAAGAGGGACGGGACAAGAUGUUCGAGGACACGUCCAGCUGCAGGAGGAACUUGACCAAACUGUCCUUGCUGUUCAGUCACAUGCUCUGGGAGCUGAGGGCCAUAUUUCCAGGGGGCAGUUAUCAGGGUGACACCUACAGGGUGACUAAGCCAGAGGCAAAGGAGUUUUGGAUGCACUCAUUCGGAAACAAGUGUUUUGUGCAGUGGAAUAGCUUCAAAGAGCAGCUGCAGAGUGUGCAUGCGUUUGAGGAAGGGAUGGAGUCCAUGGCUCUGAAAUCAACUAUAGAUCUCACCUGUAAUGACUACAUCUCUGUGUUUGAGUUCGACAUCUUCACCAGACUGUUUCAGCCGUGGAGGUCACUCAUAAGGAACUGGAACCAGCUAGCAGUGACUCACCCCGGCUACAUGGCCUUCCUCACCUAUGACCAGGUUAUAGCUCGUCUGGAACACUACCUGCACAGACCUGGGAGCUAUAUCUUCCGCCUGAGCUGCACAAGAAUGGGUCAGUGGGCUAUUGGUCAUGUGACCAGUGAAGGGGGCAUCGUCCAGACCAUCCCCCAGAAUACACCUCUCUACCAGGCACUCAUUCAGGGCUUCAAGGAAGGAUGGUUCGAGAAAAAAACACACACAGCUCUCUGGUUUAUUUUUGUCUCUGUUUGUCUCUUUUUUCUCCUUAGUGCUGUGUGUUUGUGUGCCUGCAGCUACCUGUACCCAGAUGGCCGAGAUGUGAACCCCGACCUGACAAGCUUGUGUGAGCCGGCCCACAGGGGCAAAGUCAAAGUUUCAGAAGAGCAGUAUGAGAUUUACUGUGACAUCGGCAGCACCUUCCAGCUGUGUAAGAUCUGCACAGAGAGGGAUAAGGACACUCGUAUCCAGCCCUGUGGACAUCUCCUGUGCCAACACUGCCUCACAGGCUGGCAGCAGAAGUCGGCUGGCCAGACCUGCCCGUACUGUCGCUGCGAUAUCAGAGGAACUGAGUCCAUCCUCGUGGAGCCCUUCCUACCAGGCAGCGGUCAGUGGGGGGAGGAGGGUGAGGAGGACCAGGAGGAGGAGGAGGAGGACCAUGAGGACAUUGAACUGGUGCUAAAGGAAAUGGCUGCCCUGAAGAAGUUCUCAAGUUCGGAUUACCAAGUUCCCCGGUCCCACCUCAGCGUUCCACCUCUGCCCCCUAAAAACUUCACCACCCCACUCUCUCCAUCUCCCUCCAGCCGACCGCGGACCUCAGAAACCCAGACCCCGGAAAAACACUCCCACUCAAGUUCACCGGCUCAAAGUGGCAAUGGAGCACGUAGAAGACACAAACAAGAGAAAAAGAAGAACAGUGCUGAAUAUCUCACAGAAGCAAAGUCCACAUCUUCCUCUCAGAGGGCUGUCGACAGUGCAGCAGCAUGGCUCGGCCCCUCCAGCCCAGUGAAACAGAGACAAAGACACAAAGAGAGGGAGGAACGGAGAGCGGGGCUCAGAGAAGACAAAUGUGACCUGGAAGAGAUGACGAGAAGAAUGUCGUCCUGACAGAAGAGCACCUUUGCAAGAUAAAGACUCUAACUCAAAGCGAGAAAUACCUGAAAAUCAGCCCUCAGUGAAAGUAAAAAUAGUUUCUGGUGUCAUGUUUAGCUGUAAUGAGUGGGUGGGACUGACAGGAAGAUAUCUCACUGAGGCCUCCUACUGUUCAACAGCAGUAGGGUCAGCACUUAUUCUUUAUAAUUAAAACAUUUUAUGAGCCCCCCUUAAAUAAUGGAAAUGAUUGAAAUUCUUGACAUUAUAAUUAUAACCCUAACACUUUUGAAAAAGGAAGGGAGCAAUCACAUGUCUGGAGAGAGAAAUGUGCUACCUCACUGUUUAACCCAUACCAUGAAUAUGUUCCUUAUAACAGCUUUUAAACCCUCUACUGCAGUGGUUCUCAACUGGUCAGGCCUCAGGACCCACUUUUUCCUUUGUCAAUAAAUCGCGACCCGAAA